UUUACAAAAUUAAAUCGAAUAAGAAAAAGUUAAUGAGAUAGUUUUUGAAGAACUCAGCAAAAAAUAAAUUUAGUUUUAAUCUGAAAUUUAAAAGGAAAUAAACUUCCCAUAUAAGCUUUAUGGAAUCUUAAAAAUGCCAGAAAUAAAAACUGCUUAUAUGCCAGAAAGAGUUUUUGCCUAAUAAAGAAUUCCCAAAGGAUAUAUAAUAGAUCAUUUAAAGAAAAUAUAUUUAGGCACUUUAUAUUCUAUACAAGAAAAUGAUGAGGAAUUUUUAAGUGAAUAUUUAGAAAAAUCUUUUUCUGAAAAAAUGAUUAAUUAAUUAAAAUUAUUAAAAGAAAAAGGUUAUAAAAUAGAAUUAUAUCAAGAUCAAACAGGAAUAAAAGGAGAACCAAUAUAAGAUGAGUUCUAUUUAGGUGAUAUGGUUAUAGUCAGGGGUUUAUCUACAGACCGAUAAUAAAAUAAAAGUUUAAAAGACUAUCACAUAUGGAAAGAUAUUGAUGAUAUGGGAUUGAUUGUAUAUACUCCUCUAUAUCUUACUGAUCCAUUAUAAUUUAUAGAUCCUGUUAAAAAUAAGACUAUAUACGAUGAUUACAAAAAAUGUGUUAUGAGGGUAUUGCUUUAUGUAAAAAAUAAUUAUAGGUUCAAAAUUACAAGAAAGGAUGGGUCUUAGAUCAAAAUUGAUGAUUAAUUAUAUACAUGGGAACAUCUAGCCCUUUUUGAGACUUAAAUGAUACCUCCAGAUAAAUUUAAAAGUGAAAAUAAACUCGAAAACUAUAUGGAAUGGCUUGGGAAAUUCAAUUUUGGAAUCUGGAAAAUGGUUGAUUUGGAUAAUUGGUGUAAUGGUAACCCUCUUAUUCCUGUAGCUAAUGAAAGAAGUUAAUAUAAUGAUGAGAUUUUUAAAGGUACUAUUUAUGAUCCUGAAUAUAAUAUUGAUAUUAAGUAUAUUUGA